AUGAGGCUUGCAUCGUCCAAUAUUUUUAUGUUAGUUAUUUUAUGUAAUUUAAUUCUAUUUAUUUCAUUAACUGUCUAUAUAAACACUAAAUGCCCAUUUAUAGCGACCACUUUGAAUAUUCAUACCUCAUAUUCUUCUUUAGCAGAUGGUUGGAAUCCUAUUGGGCAUACUCUUGAUGAACAAAAUUUACUUCAUGAUAUGUCUAUUGUCGUUGCUGCAUGGCCUGAAAAUGCGGAAGAUAAUAUACCUACAGUACCAUGUUUAUCAGCCGAUGGUCAUUUGCUUGUGUUAAGUGUUGGUGCAAGUCGUAUACGCUAUGGAGUAAGUGUAACUUUUAUCACAGUUUAUCCAACCGAUAUGAAAACUGUUUUACCAAAAAAUAUUUCAUCUCAUCCACUCUCGUCAAAUCAACAGAGCCUCUGGUGUAUCUUUAGUGAUGGAUCAGUGACACCAGUUUAUACUUAUGAUUCCAAAUAUGGUAAUGAUCGAGUAUCUCUUUUGGAUUGUCCACUUAGUCAAUUUGCUAAGGAUCAGUUAUGGAAAUUGAAUCAAACAAUACAAGUCUAUCUUGCAUCAACAACAACAAAAGAUAGAAAAAUACCUAUACUUAAAGCAUUUGUAAACGUUCCAAUAGGCUCUGUCACUUCAUCAAAUUCUAGUCAAGAAUCGUUUACAUUAUGUACUUCACCUUUACAUAAUAAAGGUAAAUAUUUAGUUCAAUGGAUAGAGUUUCAUCGAUUAGUGGGAUUCAGCAAAUUUGUUAUAUAUAAUACAACUGACACUGAUGAUUAUCUCUCAACUAUUAUUAAUAUCUACACUCAAAAAUAUCCUGACCUUGUUGAUGUUGUACAAUGGAAUUUCUCUACUCUUGGUCUUGUUGAUGCCAUAUCAUCACGAUAUUUUCAGGUAGAAGCAUUACAUGAUUGUCUAAUUCGUUAUGGUGAUCAAUCAGAAUGGUUAGGUAUGAUUGAUCUUGAUGAAUACAUUGUACCACUACAUCCAUACACAACUAUCGUUGAUUAUGUACAUGAAAAUUUUGGACGACGAAUUAUUGGAUCAAUUAAUCUGAGAAGUCAAUUCUUUUGUAGUAAAAACUCUGAUAGUUAUACUGCAGAAGAGAAUGAUGCAAAUCGUUUAACUAUCGAACGAUUUAGAUUUCGUGCACGUAAUCUAUAUGAAAGUGGACGUGAAAAAUAUUUAUAUCGACCACGUUUUGUUCAAUAUCUAUCAAUUCAUCAGCAACUAGUUGGACUUUCGAAAGAACAACCAUCAGAAAAUCACAUAACACUUGCUCAUUAUAUAUCGAUGAGUCAACCACGUACAAUGUCGGGUUGUGGUACUAAUGAAUAUGUUAAAGAUACUAGUAUUCGUGAUCGAUUCGCUCAUAGAGUAAAAAAUGCAAUAGCAACUUUGAUGAAUAAGCAUUGA